AAAUACCACCAACCAACUACUCUUUGUGAACGGACUUACUAUUACUGAGAAAGGAGCGAAGAGUUUCCAGAAUAGAGCCCCUUUGCAGAAUCUACAGCUAACCAUGUUCGAUUACUCGAGAUGAAACACUUACACCGAAGCGACCCUCACGCAGGAGAGAAACUCUCACAGAGGAGAGAACUUGACCAAAAGAGAGAAUUCUUUGCUUUUGAUCUGUUUGAUUUGUGAUUUGUGUACGGAAGGAAGAAUAUGGCACAGCUAUCUAGUUUUACUGCUGAGGGAAUACUUGCAAAGGCGGUUUCACUUUCCAAUGAACCGCUCGUCCGUUCUUGGGAACUUGAAGAAAAACUGAAAAGCCUGCAUCAAACAUUAUCCAUGAUUCAAGAUAUCACGCGUGAAGCUGCUGAGCAACCACAAGAUCCGCGUGAGGCAGUGGCGUCGUGGGUGCAGAAACUUAAGGACGUAGCCAAUGAUGCUGAUGAUGUCUUGGAGGAAAUCAACUAUGAAGUUCUCCGCCAUAAGCACGAAAUACAAAACCAUUUGAAGAGAAAGGUACUCAACUUCUUUUCAUUCUCUAAUCCGGUUGCAUUUCGUCUUAAAACAGCAUGUAAAAUUAAGAGCAUCAACGCAUCGUUGGUGGAUCUCGCCAGUCAGGCAUCUUCUAUGGCACUAUUUUCCAAAAAUAUAGAUGCAACUUCUCAAGCAAUGAAAUCGACGAGAGAAACCAAUUCAUCAAUUGGCAAUGAAAUCAUCGUUGGCAGAGAUGAUGCCGUGUCAAACAUAGUUGCAACCUUGACCAACUCAAAAGAUCAAGAAAGUCUUUCUGUCAUGGCCAUUGUGGGGAUGCCAGGCUUGGGAAAAACUACUUUGGCCAAGUUGGUUUAUAAUGAAGAUGCGAUAAGUCAACAGUUCGAUAAGAAAAUAUGGAUAUAUGUAUCCAAAACAUUCGAUGUCGAUUUAAUUUUGAGUCGAAUCUUAGAAUGUGUUAACUGUGGAACGGUUGAUAUACAAAGUCAGGAGGCAGUGCUUAAAAGCCUCCAAGAACAGUUGGCGGAGAAAAGAUGUCUUCUUGUACUCGAUGACGUUUGGAAUGAAGAUUCCGAAGAAUGGAGCAAAUUGAUGAUUUGUUUGUCAGAACUCCGUUUUGCACGGGGGAGCACCAUACUAGUCACUACACGCAGUUCCAAAGUUGCAACAAUUACGGAAACACUUUCUCGCUAUGAUUUGGGAUUUCUAUCGGAAGACGAAUGCUGGUCCAUAUUGAAGGGAAGAGCAUUUGUAGAUAAUACUGCUCCUACAGAUCCUGAUCUAGAGACAGUUGGAAGAGACAUUGCCAAAAAGUGUGCAGGUUUACCAUCUGUGGCAAAGGUUUUCGGAGGAAUGUUGCGUUCUAAGAAUGGUGCAGAUCAAUGGUCAGCAAUUCUACAAAGUAAAAUAUGUGACUCUCCAGAAGCAAAAGAGAUUAUCAUCUCGGAAUUGAAGUUGAGUCUGGAUAAUUUGAAAUUCCCAUUUUUGAAACAAUGCUUCACUUAUUGCUCAAUGUUCAAGAAAGGAUCUGAAAUUGAAAGGGAUGACCUAAUCCAACUAUGGAUGGCUCAAGGAUUGCUUUGCCCUUCUUCCGAGAAUAGUGAUCUAGAAAUGGAGGAUAUAGGCACUGAGUAUUUUCAUAUUCUAUUGCAAAACUCCUUACUUCAAGAUCUUACGAAGGAUGAAUUUGGUGUCGUAGCCAAAUGCAAGAUGCACGCUCUUGUGCAUGAUUUUGCAGAACAUGUAUCAAAAUUUGAGAGCGCAACUUCAGAUUCUAAUGAAACAGUCGGCACACUGAAGAUCCGACAUGCUUCACACAUUCCUACUUUGGUUUUGCAAUCAAUUCCGAAAAAAAGUUUAAGGGGAUUGCGCUCAUUGUUUUCUAAUAGUGAAGUUCCUAGUCACAUGUUGCCAAGGUUUAGAGGUUUACAUGUCUUGAAUCUUUACAACGCUGAUAUUAAGGAGCUGCCUAUUUCAAUUGGGAAACUGAAGCAAUUGAGGUAUUUAAACGUUUCUAGAACAAAGAUUGAAGCACUCCCCAAAUCUGUGGGCAAGCUCCAUAACUUACAGACAUUAAGAAUGGAGCAUUGUAGACGUCUAAAGGUGUUUUCUAUGGAAAUGGGAGAUUUGAUCAACUUAAGACACAUCUAUUUUGGUCCUGUCCAAAAAAAGAAACGUGCUAAUUUUGGUUGGUACAGGGAAUCUCAUGUUAGGGUUGGGCAAUUGACCAGUCUUCGAACCAUGCCUUAUUUUAUUGUGAGUCCUGAUGGAACCAGUCGUGGAAUUGAGGAAUUGGCUGGCUUAAACCACUUAAAAGGUGAAUUGGCUAUUUAUGAUCUGGAACAUGUGAGGGAUGGAGAGGAAGCGAAGAAAUCAAAUUUAGUUGGGAAGAAAAACAUACGAAAGUUAUCACUUAUAUGGGGUGAGGAAAUGAGGCCAUGCAACAACAGUGAAGAGGAUGUUCUCCAAGGCCUCCAGCCGCACCCUAAUCUUGAAAUUCUAGAGAUUCGCAAUUUCAUGGGUGCUCAAUUUCCAUCUUGGAAGCCACACAACAACUUGAAAGAGAUUCGAUUAUUUCAGUGCGACGUAUGUGAAGAAGCCCCUAUGCUUGGCCAUCUACCUAGUCUUAUGCAUCUUGAGUUUAAUACAAUGUGUAAUCUAAAACGUUUGGGAGAUGAGUUUUAUGGCUAUUAUGACAUUGAUGAUGCAAUGAAGACCAAGGCUUUGUUUCCUACAUUGAAGACAUUCAGAAUUAUUGCGGCCCUAAAUCUGACCGAAUGGAUUGAACCACCAAUGGUGAAAGAACAACAAAUAUCGGUGUUUCCUCGCCUUGAGGAGUUGGAUCUCGUGGAGUGUCCACAAAUAAGAAAUUUUCCUGAUCAUUUCGCAUUCCUUCGUAAGUUGGAGAUGAGUAUUUGUCACGAGCUAUCAAACCUAACAAGUCUGGUAGAAAAGUGUACCUCUCUUCAGAAUUUGGAAAUAUGCAGCUGCGACAAACUUAGAUCCCUUUCAUUAUUUGGUUUGACAUCCAUCCGAAAAUUGUUGUUUAGUUCACGUGGUGGCAAAUUAACAUCAACCAGCCAUCAUAGUGGACUAGAAUUGUACACUGGAGUUUCUCUUGAGGAGUUGUCCAUAAAAUGUCCAUCUCUUGAAAAUUUGGAAAUAAGCCGCUGUGAUAAUCUGAUAUCCAUUUCAAUUCACGGUGUAACAUCCCUUCGAGGAUUGGAGAUUAGUUCAUGUGGUGGAUUAAUAUCAAUGGACCUGCAAAGUCUACCAGAAUGCUAUAUCCCUCUGGAGGUGUUGUCUUUAAGGUCGUGCAGAAAUCUAGAUUCAAUUUCAAGUUUACACGGAUGCACAUCCCUCCGUGAAUUGACCAUUGAAGAUUGUGAUGAACUAAAAACUUGUGCAUUUAUUGGGCUUGAAUCUUGCACUUCUAUUCGUGCGCUGCAUGUCAACGAUUUUCAACGAUUGAGGCAGUAUGCAGUUGAUGGGUUAGACAUGUCUCUUAUUGAGGAGUUGACUAUUUACAAAUCCCCCAAGUUAAUAUGCAUUUCAAAUCACGGUCUGAUGACCCUCCGCAAACUAGUACUUAUUGCAAGUUGCGGAUUGGAAUUGUCUAUUGGCAGCAGUACUACACUGGAGGAGUUGUCUUUACAGGAUUGUACAUCCCUUGGUUCACUCUGUAUCGACAAUUGCGAAUCUCUGAGGCAUGUUUCGGUUGAUGGGCUAGAAACACUCACUCUUCUUGAGGAGUUGACGAUGAGGAAUUGUCCUCGUCUAACUUUCAUUCCAAUCACUCCGUCUCUUCGAGGAUUAGUGAUUGAGGGUUGUGGGAAGCUUUCAAGUUUGCCGAGAGAGUUGAAACAUUGCAACGCACUUGAGAGAUUGAAAAUAAGUGGUUGCCGAAACUUAGAAUGCAUUCCAAUUUCAGAUGUAUUCCCGCCAUCCCUUGGGCAAUUUGUAAUUGAAGAUUGUGCUCAACUAUCAAGCCUGCAAGGCCGUCAUGAAUCUCUUAAGGAGUUGAGUAUAGUGAAUUGUCCUGAGUUAAGAUGGAGUUCAGUUGCCGAACGUGGGAAGAGUCUGACCGCCCUCCGGAAAUUGGUUAUUGCAAGUUGGAGCGAACCGGAAUUGGACAUCGACUUUAUUAGUACUCUUGAUGAGAUUUCUUUACACGAUUGCACAUCCCUUGGCGAACUGAGAGUAGUGUAUUGUCAGAAUUUGAGGCAGAUUUCUUUACACGAUUGCACAUCCCUUGGCGAACUGAGAAUACGGAAUUGUCAGAAUUUGAGGCAUUUAGUGCGUGAUGGGUGGGGGAUCCAAACUGCCCUCUGUCUUAAAGUUCUGGAGAUAUACAAAUGCUCUAAUUUAGAGGCUCUUCCCAGUUUAGACAACCUCACAUCCCUUGGCAAACUGAGUAUUGUGGAAUGUGAUGGAUUGACAGGUCUGCCGAGUGGGCUCUCAUCCUGCACAUCCCUUGGGAACUUGAGAAUAGAGGAUUGUCAGAAUUUAAAAGCUCUUCCCAGUUUAGACAACCUCACAUCCCUUGGCGAGCUGAGUAUUGUGGAAUGUGAUGGAUUGACAGGUCUGCCGAGUGGGCUCUCAUCCUGCACAUCUCUUGUCGAGUUGAAAAUUGAAAGGUGCAAAAAAUUGAUAUCUCUGGCAGGUGUCGAUGUAACUAGCUUGCAAUCUCUUUCCAGCUUAACAAUACUUGAUUGUAAGAAAUUACGAUACUUGCCGACGGGUCUACACACUCUGACUCGUUUGGAGAUAAUGCAGAUUGGUGGGUUGUGGCAGGAGCUCGAUUCUUUUCCGGUUUCGCAAAUUCCUUCAUCAAACAAGUUAGCAAUAGUGGGGUGGCCUAAGCUCAAGUCUCUGCCUCAAAUAAUUAAUCACUCGACUAAUCCUGUAACAGUGUUAGCUAUAUGUACGUGUGAUGGGCUGGAGACUCUUCCAGAGUGGUUAGGUGACCUUACAUCUCUUGCCCAACUGUCUAUAGGGGCGUGCAAGAAUCUCAAGUCUCUGCCUUCCGCCCAAGAUAUGCAACGCCUCACCAAACUAGACCAUCUACUAAUUUUAGGAUGUCCCAUUCUGAAGGAAACAUGUGCCAGCGGUACCGGCACAGAGUGGCCCAAGAUAUCUCAUAUUCCAAAAAUCAAAAUUCAUUCAGAUGAAGAUGAAGAUGAAGAUGAAGAUGAAGAUUGGAUAUUGGCCUGAGAUUUCUCACAUUCUAAACUUCAGAGCGUCCAGAUUCAAGACCAAUCCAAGUUUUCACUUAGUCGAAUUCACAUGUGCAUACGCUGCAUGAGUCUCUAUGUGUAGCUCUACUAAGCCAUCUCCAACAGUUCGAUGACGUUCCUACAGAUCAUAUACCCGAAUGGGGCAACCAUUAGCCAGUGUGCUAGCCAUGAAAAUGUAUGAAGAUUGUAUGAAACUCCCUCAUUCGAUGGAUUCAGAGGCAUCCCGUGCGCUUAUUGAUGCCAGUAGGAUGGCCCUGCUCAAAUUAAGGCAAGGGAGCAACAGCAGAUACAAAUGCAGCAGCUACAGUUAUUGGAGCAUCGCAGUGCUCAGUUACAGCUUUGGGAUCCUAGUCAUCCUGCUCUUGGUGGUGCUAUAAAUGCUAUAAACUCUGAGGUUGUUAUGGGGCAACCGUCAGCCAGUGUUCUAGCCAUGAAAAUGUAUGAAGAUCGUAUGAAACACCCUCACUCAAUGGAUUCAGAGUAAUCCCCUGCGCUUGUUGAUGCCAGUAGGAUGGCCCUGCUCAAAUCAGUUGCAAAUCCACAAGGCCAGUUGGUACAAGGCAAUUCUGGGAACAUGCCUGCUGCUUUGCAGCAAAUCCAAGCACGAACUCCUUUAACCACUAUUGUAGGACAUCAAGAGCGAAGUUAGCUUAGGUGCAACUCAGAAAAAUUUGCCUAUGGAUCCUUCAUCAAUUUAUGGACAAGCAAUUUUACAGUCAAAAUUUAGACUGAGCAGUGCAGGUGACAAUACCUGACUGUCAGAUACGGCUCAUUUCUUCCUUCAGGAUUGAAUCAAGGCAUUACAGGUCUUCCUUUGAAGGGUUGGCCUUUAACUGUCAGUUAUAUAUGGCUCUCUCUUCUUAAAUGUUUCUUCUAGUGUGGAUUUAAUUCUUUGUUGCAAAACUACUACAUACUGCAGGGAAUCAACCAAUUAUGACAGAAUUUGGGUGUACAAAUGCAGAAGCCAAAUCUUCAGACCCAAAUCAGUUCUUUUUGGCAUCUCAACAACAGCAGGUUUUGGCACAAGCUCAGGCACAAAAUAACGUUGGAAGUUCAACAAAUUAUGGAGAUAUGGAUCCUCGCAGAUUUUCUGGACUGCGUAGGGGUAGCUUGAAUUCAAAAGACGGCCAGUCUACCAGAAAUGAUGGAUCUAUGUUCUCUCUAGUUUUAUCAAGUUCACCAAAG